AACCGAGCUAGAGUAGCUAACUAGCUAUAUAACCAGCUAGAGUUAUCGAUAAGCAGAGCCGCCUUGACAGACAGGGCUCUACAUCAUCGAAGAGCUUGGAUAGAGAUAUUAGAUAAUAUUCUAUCAUCUGCCGUUUUCUUUUUUUUCCUCCGGUGCCAAAGGUGCUUUGAGUGCUCGAGAUUGCGCAGGAACCAGAACAGUUUUUGAACCAGGAUCCUCCCCACCAUGAUCGAGGACGAGAUCUAUCGUUCCUCAUCUCAAUUCCGUCUCUGGUCCUAUACGGAAAGCUCUCUUCGAGAUCUACGGGCAAAUACGAAUGCGGUUGCAAGCGACCGGGUGCGGGCUGCUCUGCAGCGAGCUCGACAGGCACGUCAGCCGGUAAAUCCAAAUGGCAGCAAUGCAGAGACCGCAAUAGAUGAGAAGGAGAUCGAAUGUCUGAAUCCGGAGGAGGAGCUGGAACUGGUGCGAUACUACUGCGAGAAGACCCUCGAGUUGGGUGAGACGUACAAGCCGCCGCUGCCCACAAACGUCAGGGCCACUGCGAUUCAAUAUCUCCGUCGAUUCUACCUUACAAACUCUCCGAUGACCUACCACCCGAAAUCCAUCAUGGCGUGUGCACUGUUCCUCGCAACCAAAACAGACAACUAUUACAUGUCCCUUCGCCAGUUCGCAGACGGGAUUCCCGGUGACAACACCACCGCUGAGGAUGUUAUUGCUCCCGAAUACCUAAUCAUGCAGGGCCUUCGCUUCACGUUUGAUGUCCGCCACCCUUUCCGUGGCCUGGAGGGCGGGAUCAUGGAACUGCAGGCCAUGGCGCAGGGCCUCGGACAACCAGCGCCUCAUCUACCCCAACAAACCCCCGAAGACCUUCGCCGAGCAUUACACUUGAUCCCCCCAAACCCAUCAGCUUCGUCUUCAUCUUCCUCCUCGUCAUCUCUCACGGACCGCAUCGCCCAUGCCCACCACAACACCCGCGAACUCCUCAAAACAGCAGCCCAAAUGACAGACGCGUACUUCCUCUACACGCCGUCUCAGAUAUGGCUUUCUGCCUUGUUCAUCGCCGACCGGCCCCUGGCUGAAUUCUACCUCUUCACCAAAAUCGGCAGUCCAGCAUCAUUACCGCCGUCAACAUCAUCGUCAUCGUCAUCGACAAACCCGCUCGACGCUCUUCGCACCAAACUCAUCCACACAAUCACUAGCUGCUCCGCUCUGCUACAAGCCUAUACCUCGCUCUCUACAGGGCCGGAGCAGAUGAAAAGCCUCAAAGCCAUCGCUAAGAAGCUCUACCACUGUCAGAACCCCGAAAAGGUCAAUCUAGCAGGCCAGAAGCGCGACUCGGCCAAUCCUUCCCCCGCGGCGUCAACGCCCGCCGCUAUCGCUGCUGCGGGCGGUGAGGGUGCCUCGGAGAGCGAGAUGGAACGUAUCGCUAAGAAAAGGAAGCUCGAGCUUGAACGGAAGGGAAGAGAGGCGAAUGAUAUCUUUGGCGGGGAGCUGGUAACGGAGAGAACCAAGGAGAGAUCAUUACAGUAACUAGGGUAGCGAACGAGCUCAUUCUACACAUCAUCAUAAUCAUCCUCUUCUUCUUAUGGACUAAUAGAUGGGUUGAUGAUAAUCUUAGACAAAUGGCUUAUAUGAGAUGAAAAAAGCUAUAGCCUCUACUACUUGACGUAGAAUCAUUAGAACAAGGAAACAAGAAUUUGUCCCCCCAUCCAUUAGGGAAAACUGAACCGGCUCGGACGUCUAGGGUUCAAAUCAUUAAUGAGCAGGAUGAAAGAAAAGAGAAAUAUAAAAUUGGUAGAAAAAUAGAUUCAUCCUC